AUGUCGGGCCUAGACGUAGAGGCGUUGCUCGACGCCACCGCAAAAAGCUCUACCGAGACGAAGACUCACGACGUUGAAGAACGUCCCAAUGGCGAUCGUUCCGAGCGCAAGGAGCGCGAUCGCGGCCGCGAUGGAAGCCGCGACAGGGACUAUGAUCGUCGUCGCCGAGACCGUGAGCGCCGCGACCGGAGCACGACACGAAGCCGACGCGGAACCCCGGACGACGUCAAGACAUCAACCCCGCGAAGUGACGCUGGUAGCCACAAGAGUAGGCGGAGAAGCAAAAGUCGCGAUGAUGACCGCCGUCACUCACGUCGUCACAGAGGAGAUGGUGAUUACUACAGAGGCGGACGUGCCCGCUCGCGAUCUCGGUCACCGCACCGCUCUUACCGCUCGUCGCGCGACGAUUAUCGCGAACGCCGCGAUCGCUCCGAUCGCUACUCUGGGGACCAUCGCCGGGCUAGGGACGACGAUCGUCAGGAAACUUCCAAGCGUGAGGCAACACCACAACUUACUGAAGAUGAACGGGAUCGCCGCACUGUCUUUGUCCAGCAGCUCGCCGCCCGUCUUCGCACACGCGACCUGAAGGCGUUUUUCGAAAAGGUCGGCCCUGUCAAUGAGGCCCAAAUUGUCAAAGAUCGCAUCAGCCAAAGAUCCAAGGGAGUUGGUUACGUUGAAUUCAAAAACGAGGAUUCAGUCACUCAAGCGCUUCAACUUACCGGGCAGAAGCUGUUAGGUAUCCCUAUCAUUGUCCAGCUCACAGAGGCCGAGAAGAAUCGACAGGUUCGCAAUUCCGAAACCACCAGCGCUCACCCGAACUCGAUCCCCUUCCACCGCCUCUAUGUGGGCAAUAUUCACUUCAACGUCACCGAGCAGGAUUUACAGGCUGUGUUUGAACCAUUCGGCGAACUUGAAUUUGUCCAGCUCCAGAAGGAUGAUAAUGGACGCAGCCGAGGCUAUGGAUUCGUGCAAUACCGUGAAGCCAGCCAAGCCAGAGAGGCCCUCGAAAAGAUGAACGGAUUCGAUCUCGCGGGUCGCCCGAUUCGCGUUGGCCUCGGAAACGAUAAGUUUACCCCUGAGAGCACUGCCAACAUCUUGCAGAGAUUUCCUGGCCAAAACCCACAGUUCCAAGGCUCUGCAUUCUCUGGCGCGGGUGGCCGCGGCCCCCAGACAUCGGCAUUCGACCGUGCGGGUGGAAGAGACAGCGAAAAGUCCGGCGGCGCCAGCGCCCUUGACGAUACCGAUGUCGCCGGUGUCAACUUUAACAACUAUAGCCGUGAUGCCCUGAUGAGAAAACUUGCCAGGACUGAUGAUGCUUCCAACGGAGUAGAUGAGCGACAAGUGCUGAAGCCCAAGACUGAGACUAAGCCUCUGCCGGUCAACGUCAACAUGGCCAGCCGAUGCGUUGUCCUGCACAACAUGUUUGACCCUGAAGAGGAAGAGGGAGAGGAAUGGGUCAAGGAAUUGGAGGAUGACGUUCGACAGGAAGCAGAAACCAAAUACGGCCGCGUCGUACACAUCUCCGUCGAUCCGAACUCCAAGGGCGACAUUUACCUCAAGUUCGACAAGGUCCAAGGUGGCGAGAACGCCAUCAGAGGCCUCAAUGGUCGUUACUUUGGAGGCAGGAUGAUCGACGCGUCACCUGUUGUAGAUGCCGUCUACAGCAGUUUGUUCUCUCGCACACGAGCGAUCUAA